UCUUUACCUAACGAGGUCAGAAUGGCGGCGCGCUGCAUGUGAAGCGGGGUCGGUAAGAGGUGAACGGGAGCCGGCUUCAUGAUACGAGAACAUGUUUAAAACACCAUGCAGCAGACUGUCAGGUUUAGUCGGUGUAAGUGUGAAACAGAAACUCAUUCGAUGUAACCAGAGUGCUCGCAGCCUCAUUCAGCUGCACAGAAGAGAUCCGUCAAACUGGCUGACGUACCAGCAUCUCAACUUCCUCAAACGCCAGUAUGUAACAAAGAAGAACAGCGAGCUUCACCAGCGGGCCAUCCCCAAACAGGCUCCCGUUCUCACCAUCGUGGACGAGAGAGAGGACAGCAUCGAGCGCCAGGUGCAGAGAAUACCAACUAUUAAUGCUGAGGUCACAGAUGCAGUUUCACAUCCUGCAGACUUCACCAGUAAAGCACAGCCAGAAUUAUCCUCCUUGAAGGAUGUCUCCUCAGAAAUGGCACUACAAAACGAUUCUGUGUCCAGUGCGGAUUUGACUUCAGACGAGACUCCUCAUGUCCACGAGGAGACGGACGAGGCGAGGGAGGCACGGCUGGACAAACAAUGGAAGAUGCUGAAAGUGGAUGUGGCUGACUUGCCAGAUGUUUACGCCAAGCUUGCCAAAAUCAAACUUACAGCUCUGGUGGUAACCACUGCAGCGGCUGGCUAUGCGAUGGCUCCAGUGCCGUUUGAUCCUCUCAUGUUCUUUGUGUCGUGUCUGGGAACCGGCCUCGCCUCGUGCACUGCCAAUUCAAUCAACCAGUACUUUGAGGUGCCAUUCGACUCCAACAUGAACCGGACAAAGAACCGUCCACUCGUCAGAGGACAAAUCAGUCCCCUCCAUGCGGUCUGCUUUGCUCUGGCCUGUGGAGUUCCCGGAGUCACUCUGCUCACGCUGGCAGUAAACCCCCUCACGGGCCUCCUGGGCGCCCUCAACAUCUUCCUCUACACCUGCUGCUACACCCCACUCAAGAGGCUCAGCAUCACCAACACCUGGGUGGGAGCCCUGGUGGGUGCGAUUCCUCCUGUCAUGGGCUGGACGGCUGCCACAGGUUGUCUGGAGCCAGGUGCCUUGUUGCUGGGUGGUUUACUGUACAGCUGGCAGUUCCCCCACUUCAACGCCCUCAGCUGGAACCUGAGGGAAGACUACUCCCGCGGCGGCUACCGCAUGAUGUCCGUCACCCACCCGGCGAUGUGCAAGCGGGUGGCCCUGCGUCACAGCGUGGGUCUGAUCGGCCUGUCCUCCCUAGCCCCCGUUUUGGACGUCACCACCUGGACCUUCCCCGUCAUCUCCCUCCCCAUCAACCUGUACAUCAGCUACCUGGCCUUCAACUUCUACCGCAAGGGAGACCGCAGCAGCGCCCGCAAGCUGUUCUUCUGCAGCCUGUGGCACCUGCCCAUGCUGCUGCUGCUGGCGCUCACUUGUAAGAAGCCCCGCAAAGAUGCAGAGGAUCCAGCUCUACCUCCAGCUCCUAUACCCAUGACACUGCAAAGCUAGUUAGCCUCACACAGUAGAUAGAGACCCCUCGGUUUAACCACUUGAUGUUCUCAGAGCAGCUGGAUGAUGGACACAUUAUUUAAUCUGCGUUUAAUUGAACCCAGAGGUGCUCGGUGCACAUCAGGAAAUGAGACGGAAAUGAUCGGAUCAAAAUUAACAGACAACACAGAAUUAUUACAUCAGGUUGUAAUCAUUUCACCACUCACUGUAUAUAUUCUGUAUUUAUUUAUGUAGGGGUCCAGCUGUUCCCUCUCCAUGUUGUACACGACUGAUGUUAAAUGACCUUGUACAGUGUAAAUUGCUCCUCUGAUUUCUCACAUGGAAACUCUGUCUGCAGACCGUGCAUUGUAUAAAUGCAACACAGAGGAAGAGAAUCUGACUAUCAAAGUUAGGGCUGCACCUGACUACCUAUUACCAGUUCAGCGCCACACAGAACUCCAGUGUAAGUCUACUCAAAUCUUCUCCUGACUCAUGUUUAUUGAUGAGCAAAGGCUGUCCACCAGGCAUUUAAAAUAUUCUGCCAAGUGGGGUUCUCGUUGUUGGAUAUUGAACCUGAUAAUGGAUUCAGCAGCUCAGCCCCCAGUCCCCUAAAACACACUGCCAAAGAGCAUCAGAAAAAUCACAGAUUUCAAUGUGACUCUGCUUCUUUGAGUAGUUCUAUCAGUUACAUUCACUGCGUUUGUUCCUUUUCGGGGAGGAGGGGACUGACCUGGAUAAAUCGGCUUACUGUAAAACCUCGUGAAAGAGAAACAGCAGGGAGACUUAACCGCAAAACAUUCUCGCUGCAGCUCGGCUCACAGCCCCUCCUGACGUCCUGAGCCGACUGAAGGUAUCAAAGAUGUUUGAUUGCUUAAUUGAGUGUUUUGUUUUGUUUUUUUUAAACCAGUUUUGAUUAACUGGUCAGCUUUUUUUAGGAGGGAAAUUGCCUCCUGGUGGAAAAAGUUUGUGAACAAUGAAACUUUGCCUGUCAGGCUGUCGAUUUAGAACUAACACAAAACGCGAGCGUACUCUGGGUCUUCUCCACUUCUUCUUCCAAUCAUGGACUUUUAGGGGACAGCCCUAAUGGAAAUGUUAUGUUUUCAGAGUUUACAUAUAGGACACCCAUAUAAACUUACUGUGGAGAAGCUAUUGUUUGAAAGUGACCUCAGCCCUGUUACUUAAGUUCGGAAGUUCGGAUGCCUCAUUGUAUUUGUGCUGCUCUGCAAACGCUCUGAUGGCUCAUUUAUCUAAUGCAACACGGUUAAUUCAACACGGUUGUGACGCACCAAAACAAAGGGGGGAUACUUAACCUCUGUGAGAAACACAGCGGGGAAUAUUCUCUUAACAAUAAAAACACGUCAUGAUUGUGA